UUCAUUCAUUCAUUGCUACUAGUAAUGUUAACGAAACUGGAGGAGAAGCAGCAAGAGUGUAGCUUCCUUUAUUGGUCCGACCUUGAGAGCAGACAGUUUGGUGAGAUCACCAUUGAACUAAUAAAGAAGAAAGAAGAGAUUGACUAUCUACACAGACAAUUUAAAAUAGCACACUUAGAGCAACCCGAAGCUAGCUACACACUCCACCACUUCCAGUUCUUGGGUUGGCCUGAAAGAGGAGUCCCAGUGUCUGCCCUCCCUCUCCUUCAAAUGAUACAAAAUGUUCAAGAGCUUUACAUCACAUUAAGAACCACUGAACCAAUAACAGUAAUGUGCAGUUCUGGUGUUGGUAGGACUGGUGUGUUUAUAGCGUUGGGUAUUGUACUGGAGAGAUACUCAGUUGAAGGAAUGAUUGACCUCUUUCAAACUGUAAAGACACUCAGAAUACAAAGAUCAGCCAUGGUCCAGACCAGAGAGCAGUAUCAUUUCUGCUAUGAAGCUAUAUUAGACUACCUACUCAACACUGGACAGUUACCUCGCAUUCGCUCUGUCUCCGUUGACCGUCGCUCAUCCGUGUAUCGUACCACUGCCACGCCUGCUAGCUCACCACCGUCCCAGGGUAGUGCUGGUCUGACCAGUAGUACUGUUGAAAUGGCGAGUGCAUUUAAAAAUACGUCAAAUGAUGACAAUGGAUCAUUGCUAUCUCCUGUUAACAAAGCGAGUGCUCUUUAGCUAUUAUUAUCAUAACAUUAUUAUUAUUUUAUUAUUAUUUUUGUUAUUUUAUUUUUUUGUUAUUCUCAUAGCAACUUUUUCCCUUUUUCAAUGUCAUUGUUUUUUCCACACUUAUUUUUUGCUUUUUUCUUUUCUUUUCAUGUUUUACUAUUCACAUGCAGUUGCAUUUAAGAUUUGUGUCAGUUCUUAAAAAUAAAAUUAA